AAGAUACUGCCCCACUUCUUUCCACCCACACAUUAUUUUAGCGGGUCCUUUUUCUUCAUUUUUCAGUGGGGAUCAGCAUAACUGCGCAAGUGCACAACACAAACCCAGAUCACCUGCUCAGCUGAGUAAACAUAAACCCCCUCACUCUUACUACGGAGUAUUAUUUUUAGACGACUGCUACCACAGCUAACAGUUUUUACGGGACCCCUUCGUGUUCGUACUAUUAUCGUCAAAAAUUUUAUUUAAAUUGAACUGAACUAAGUUGAGAUGAACGUGGGCGGACAGCCAAAUACGGCAAAUGGAGCGUCGUCUUCAGCGGGUGAAGGGCCGUCGUCGUCAGGAAAAAAGGUGAGGAAGCCAUACACAAUUACCAAGUCUCGUGAGAGUUGGACUGAAGAAGAACACGACAAGUUCCUUGAAGCUCUUCAACUGUUUGAUCGUGAUUGGAAAAAAAUCGAAGAUUUUGUCGGUUCAAAAACUGUGAUUCAGAUUCGCAGCCAUGCUCAGAAAUAUUUUUUGAAAGUUCAAAAGAAUGGUACAGCAGCUCAUGUGCCACCUCCACGCCCUAAACGGAAAGCAGCUCAUCCUUACCCCCAAAAAGCACCAAAAAAUGUGUCUGUGCUUCCACAAGCAGCAAUUGCUUAUUCUGCUUCCUUCAAUGCUAUUGCACCUGGGUAUCCUGCAUGGAGUGAUGGCUCCGUUCUAACAAACCCUGCAACAAGUGGAAUUAUGCCAUCUGAUGACUAUAAUCUUAAUAUUGCAGAAGCAGAUGUUGGAAGAAAAGGAUUUCCUAGAAUUAGUGGAAGUUCUGCAAGUGGAAUUGGGAGCUCAAACAGAUCUGUAUCAAAUUCUGAGUUACCAACGCAAGGAAAAAGCCCCAUACUUCAUGGUUUACCAGAUUUCGCAGAGGUUUAUAGUUUCAUAGGAAGUGUCUUUGACCCAGAAACCAAGGGUCAUAUGGGAAAGCUCAAAGAAAUGGAUCCAAUCAAUUUUGAAACAGUAUUGUUACUGAUGCGGAACCUAACUUUGAACCUGUCUAGCCCUGAUUUUGAGCCAAUAAGGAAUGUCCUAUCCUCCUAUGAUGUCACCACCAAAACUGUAUCACUUGAUGCUGGUAAUGUUGCCAAAAACCAGCCAACUGAUGUGUCUUGUUAAGCUCGAAAGUAUUUCUGAUGUAUGUUAGAACGUAAUACCAUGAUAUGCUUCAUUUUGCUGUUCAUAUUGUAUUUUAGAUUUUUACUUCAUGUUUUGCUACUAGCAAAGCUCGUUUAUGGGCUGCCUUGUUGAAAACUACACUACUCAGAGCUUUGACCUACCUCAAGUACUUGUGUUGGCAUAGGGACUUGUAAAUUGAUCAAGUCUAAGCUAACCUUCAGACUCCUUUAUUGUGCCCGACAUAGGUAGCUGAAUUUGAGAAACAUAGGGGAAAGUAGAUUGCUUUCAAUCUCUACAUAUCUUGAGCAUGAAAAUGGAAGCUGCUUGGAAUACAGUUGUACAAUAAAUGAAGCCCAAAGAUCUCGAUUUCUCGAAAGAAGUCGAAUUCCAUUCAGCUGGUUCCGAAUCAAUAAGGUUGUUUUUGGUUACAGCUCAGUGGUAGUUCAUCCCAUUAGGAAGCUUAUAACCUAUGUAUAUUCUAAAAGUCUGAUAGAGUAUAGUUAUUUUUUUCAUUAAUAUUAUUCUUUUUUUUUUCUUAUAUAUAUAUAUAAGUUUAUAUAUAAGUUUUCUUUUGUGGAUUCGAAGGACCUUGGAGGAUGGGGAGUACAUUGUAUUUGGAUGUAUUGCUUAGAAAUCUAGGAUGAAUCACAUACGCAAUUUUGAAAAUCCCAAUAUAAUUAUUUACUUUAGUGAAUUA